CUACAAGCGACCCUGCCUUGACAGCUGACAGAGCUCAGAGGCACGAAGAGGGCUGAACGUUGCAGAAUUUGAGCCGGAGUGCAUGGGAAAGCAAAGAAGCAGCACAAUGUUCGGAAGCUGUUUUACCCCCAAGCCGGCACAUACGGGAGCCCCCAUGGCGCAGCUCAGGGUGGUGGACGCGAGUCCCUACAAGAUCGUGGAGAGCUUCGAGCCGAAGGAGGAGGACGUUGCACAGAAGGGAAGCGCCCCACACGCAAGCAAGAGGAGUGGACGCGCAUCGCUCCAACCCGCACAGGCGCUCGUGCGCAAGCUGACCGAGAGCGCUGAGAAGAGGUCUAUGCUGGCAAACCUGCUGAAGGAGCACUGCCUGGUGGAGGGCGGCGACGCCAACGUGGCCCAAUGGCUCAAGGACGAGGGCAUCAACGCCCCUAUUGGAUCUGUCCUCAAGGCUCUGGAGGAGGCGCAGAGCAAGGACCUGCUAUUCUGGGCGUCACGCUACCACCUGUUUGUGACCUGGUCUCCCGACCGUUCCCACCCCUGGGAUUCUCUCCCUGCCGCCGGCCAGUACUCCACCCUGGAGAUCGGCGUUCAGCGCGGUGCUGACGACAAGCUGGUGGUGCUCCUGGAUGGCAAGGCAGUCACCGAUUACACAAUGCACAACUCUGUCCUCAAGACCACGUCGCCGAUCGAGUGGGAGACGCCGAGCGGCCAGAUCGCGCGCGUGAACCUGCAGCUGCAGUUCAGCAGCUUCUUCGGCUACGCGGGCGCCGACACCGACGCGGGCUACCUGGGCCUGCAGUGCCACGGCUGCCUCUGGCCCGUCAACGACGCCGACCUGCCGCACUACUGGCCCAUCGCGCCCCCCAUCGUCUCCGGCAAGGUGAACACGGCGGGCCGCGACUCAGCGGUGUCGCCCGGCAACUCGGACAGCCUGGCGGCGUUUGCCGGCACGUAUGCGACGCACCUUCUGCCGGCCGACGAGGCCGCGCAGGUCACCACCGGCGCCGAGAUCGCCAUCAACGUCAACUCCCAGGGCCUGCCGGAGGUGGCAGUGGGCGGUCGCGACCUGUCCUUCUGGACCUUUGACGCCAACAACGUGCUGGCGUGGGCUGACGAGGCCGGCUACACCGCGUGGCUCCAGUUCACCGUGCUGCCCGGCGGCCCGGUCUUCAUGGGCACCCUGCACCCAUCGGGCGGUGACGCCGCUGAUGUGGAGGCCGGCACCUUCAGCGUGUUCGGCGAGCUGCUGAGUCAGCCGAGCCGGCUGGCGCCCAACGCCGCGGUAGACGCGACCGUGGGCCAGAUGGUCGCCGUCGGCCUCGCCACUUCAGCCACAGUUCUGUGCACCUCCCUCCUCCGCUCCGCCACCAAGUGCUGGGCGCUACUGCGCAGCGGUAUGGGAGCUGAGGACGUGCUGAUGGAGGAAGAGAUCAUGCUGCAGGGGAUGCGCCGCAACUUCGAGUCGCUGGAGCGCGUGCACGCGGCGCACAAGGCGGCAGCCGCCGCGUUCCCGGCAGCCGCCGGCGCGGCCGCGGCCAAGGAGAUGGCCCCGGCCGCCGCCGAGGCCGCCAUAGCCGCCGAGAGUGAGGCCGCCGACCACGCGCAGGCCGCUCGCGUGAGCGCGGACGCCGUGGCAGCCGCGGUGACACUGACCAAUGACUGCAUCAAGGACGGGAACGCCGUUGAGGCAACCUCCAAGGCCUCCGCCUCCGCCUGGCGCUCCAGCCAGGCCGCGUCUGCCGCUGCGCAUGCGGAGGAGAGCGCGCUGCUGGCCGCCAAGAAGGCCGCCGAGGCCAACACGUGUGCCGCCCGUGCCGCAGCCGUCUCCGCCGCCCAGUCCUACAAUCUGGCCCGCGAGUCGGCGCUGGCCGCAGCACGCGCUGAAGCAGCGGCUGCGAGCAACGCGCUCAAGACGGUUGAGACGGGCAUCAACUACUACGCCGCGCGCAAGGAGUACAUCAAGCUCAAGGACAUUGCCGAAGCCUCCGACGUUGCCGGGAAGGCGCUCAAGUUUGCCAAGGAGGCGGUGGAGGGGUAUGAGGUGAGCACGGCCGCCAGCCGCGAGGCCGCGCUCGACGCCACGCGCCAGGCCGCCGACUUCUCGCAGCUCGCGCACAAGCUCAUGCGCGCCGUCUACAAGGCCAAGUGAGCGCGCGCCCGGGGUGUUCCCUGCGUGGCACGCGCCAAAUUUGGCGCUCCGCUGACCGGACCGCGCGCACAGCGGCGUUCCCUCUUUCAGACGGCCGCCAAAAGUGGCGCUGACUGGACCGGGCGCGUACGAAGGCGUUGACUGUUCU